CUAUUCCCUUCCAUUAAAAAAUAUGAAAAUUAUAUCAGGCUAAUUUGUGUCAUAUUCAUGCAUUUUGCCCAAAAACUUUUAACUUGGCUAACUAAUUGAAAUGUUUGCUACAUUUCUGUCGAGCCGACUCUUCUGGGAAUAUUUGGAUGAAUGCUUUUAGUUUGUUUUCCAGUAUCAGUCGCAACCCGAAAUCGAUGUGUGACACCAUGUUGAAUUUGACCACAAGGCAUCAUGGGAAAUAUGCAAAUUAGAUAGUUCCUCACAAAUUCCAUGACUCGCACGUAUGACUGGAAACUAAUUUAAGAUACAUGCAGAUGUGCUGAAAAUUGUCGGGUUCUGAAUAAACAAAAAGACAAACGUUAUUUAAAAACUAAAAUGAACUUUUAUAAGAAUUCUUAGAGAGCAUUCCUAAUGAGCACAAUGACAGAAUAUGGGUGUAAAAGCUAGCAGCUUGAUGUGGUGCGAAUACAACGGCUCCAGUGUGCUGCCAAGGGAAGACAAGCCUGCUAGUUAUUUUUACUGUUACAAGGUGCCACCUCCGAGUUAUAACCACAACUGGACUGAUCUACACUAUGCAGCAAGUCAUGGCAAUGUUAGACGAAUCCAUGAAAUCAUUCAUAAAACUGGGACAGUGAAUAUUGACAGAAAAGACUAUUAUGGCAAAACUCCUCUAUACUGGGCAGCUUACAAGGGACAUAAAGCAUGUAUGGAAGAACUUAUCAAAUUUGGUGCCUCUGUGAAUACAAAAUGUCGACAUGGUGGAACACCGCUACAUGCUGUUGUCAGCGUAUAUCCUGAAUGUGCCUUAAUCUUAAUCAAGCAUGGAGCAGAUGUGAAUGUGUCCGACAACUGGGGUGUAACACCCAUGUACCUGGCAGCAUCAGGCGGACAGACUGAGGUUAUACGUUACCUUGUAGCUGCAGGGGCACAACUUUCAUUCAGAAAUUUGAAAACUGGUGACAUUCCAAAAGAGUUGUUGAAACACAAAGAAUUCUGUGAUAGACUGAUUUCAAUGUCUCAUAACCCACCAACAUUGCAGCAGUUAUGUCGUGUUAAAAUACGACAUCAGCUUGGCGCUUCUCCACAACACAAACUUCAUGACCUUAAGUUGCCACGACAACUGAAAGAUUUUGUGUCCUUGAAAGAGUUUGAUUGAGUUUUUUGUUUUAACAGAAUUUUCUGAUUACAUCCAGGAUUAUCUGAUUAGGAGAUGCUGAAUGUGAGAAAGGGGGAAAUUGCUUCAAGAAAAAAUGUCAUAACUUGGUCAUGCCUUAUUGAAUGUUGUUGAUGUGCGCUAGUUUGUGAAACAAUUCACGUAACAGUCAUUUUUAAUGCUAAUUAACAUGUGAUUAAGAACAUUAUUAAGGAAUGUAUGUGUACGAUGAUUCAGAAAGGAAUAUGUUGCAGCAGGCCGGUUCUCUAAUUUCAUAUAUCAUACCAGCUUAUAUUGUAUGUCUCUAUAAUUUUGCUAUGUAUAUUUAAGAAUAUAUACAUGUGUAGAGUAUAGUAUGAGUGUCUUUUCAAAUUUAAUUUAUUGAAUGAGUUGAAUAAAAUGAUAAAAUGCGAAGUUCCACUGAGCAUUUUAUGAUUUUUAUUCAAUGAGUUUAGUAAAUUUGAUGUGGAAAGACAGAAAUGUUAAUAUGUUCUUUUUAUCAUAUUUCUUUCUGCUGAAAUAUCAGAAUUUUCUUUCUUUCUUUACUUAUUACAGGCAAAGUAAAUUUUACAGAUACCUUCUAUAGUCUCCUUUACUUGAAACGAAGUUGACAUCAAAAUAUUGUAACACAAGUGUAAUAUCAGAUUUUUGAAAUGGCAAGAAAUCACUCCCUGUAUGUCAAAUAUUUUGGAUUGGGAAUAUUCACAUUCCGGUUGUUUAAGCUUUGAUUGAUUGAUUGAUUUCAACAUAUAAUGUAUAAAAAUUCUAUAUAACAUGGCAAAUUAUCAUAUACAUACAAAAUAAACAAUAUUAAAAACAAAUCUGUAUGAAUAUAUAUUGAAAUGUGCCAUAAUUUUUGUUCUUCUCUAGGAAGGAAAUAUGAUUUCAAAUGUGACUUGAUGUUUAUGUUAUGCAUUUACUUAUACUCCUUUACUUGAAACAAUGUUGUUCAAAAUGGUAAUUCAUGAUUUAUAAAGAAAGAAUUAUAUGUUGGGAUUUAAAUUGUGCAUUUUUAGCUCAUCGAGUGCUCAGUCGAGUUAUUAUGAUCACUUGCCACCCAUCGACACUUUUUGUGCCCCCCCAUGAGUGGUGGGGGGCAUAUAGAUUUGGUCUUGUUCGUCCAUCCGUCCGUCCGAGUUCAUGACGCCUAGCUCAAAAAGUAUUUGAUAUAAAUUGAUCAAACCUUGCAUGAGUCUUUAUCAUGAUAUGAACUUGCGCACCUCCUAUUUUUCAUUUGGUUCCGUCCCCUAUUUUUAGAGUUAUGGCCCCUGAAAUAGGUAAAAAUGCCCAUUUUCACCUUGUGACGCGCCUAGCUCAAAAAGUAUUUCAUUUUCACCUUGUGACGCACCUAGCUCAAAAGUAUUUUAUAUUAAUUGAUUAAACCUUGUAUGAGUCUCUAUCUUGAUAUGAACUUGUGCACCUCCUAUUUUUUGUCUGGCUCCGCCCCAUAUUUUCAGAGUUAUGGCCCCUGAAAUACACAAAAAUGCACAUUUUCACCUUUUGACGCACCUAGCUCAAAAAGUGUUUAAUAUAAAUGGUUUAAAACUUGUAUAAGUCUUUAUCAUGAUAUAAACUUGCACACCUCUUAUUUUUUGGCUGACUCCACCCCCUAUUUUUAAAGUUAUGGCCCCUGAAAUAGCAAAAAAAUGCACAUUUUCCCCUUAUUAUGUGCCUAGCUCAAAAAGUAUUUAAUGUACAUUCAUGAAACCUUGCUUGAGUCUUUAUCAUGAUGUGACCUUUCACACAUGAAUUCUUCUUGAGAACCUUUACGCUUAUUACAGAGUUAUGGCCCUUUAAAUAGCCAAAAUAGUGGAUUUUUUGUGUGUGAUGCUCAUAGGUCAAAAAUAUAUGGCCUAGAAUAAUGGAUCCUUUUUAUAAAAUGUUUGUUUAGGGUAAACCCCAUUAACACUGCAAACAUUUGAAUUAUUGCCCCUUAUUUGUGACAAAUGUACCAAUGGGGGGCACACCCUGUGUCCUACAGACACAUUCUAGUCUCUAAAUAUGGUAAUAUCUCCUCUGGAACAAUUUGGUGAAAGUUGAUAUAACAUGGUCAGGAUUGUCCUCUGCCUAAGACUUUCAAAGAACUUCCUUCCAUGCAGAAUUCUAGUUGCCAUGGCAGUGGAAAAAAAAAACCCAUAAAAAUCUGAAACUACAUGUCCGAUUUAACCAUAAUUUGACAGAAAUGUUCCUUAGGUGACCUUCUACUAAGAAUGUUCAAAUUUUUCAAAUUUGUCUGAAAAUGUGGCUGCUAGAGGGCAUGGUCACUUUUCCCUAUAUAUAUAUGUGUGUAUAUUGGGAUCUUUGAAAAUUUUCUUGUCAGAAACUGCUUGUACAGUUUCAUGAUAAUUUCACAAAAAUGUUAUUGUUUGACCCUCUACCAAUAUUGUUAACGAAAAUAAGAAAAAUUACAAACACCACUUGUACAACUUUAAAAUAGUUCCUUGCAUUUGGAGGCUCAAGGGCCAAAAUGUACCCAUUAUGAGUCAGGCGAGUGACAUAGGCCGGUCAUGCCCUCUUGUUAUAUUUAUUAAUUGAUUGAACAUUGCUUUUUAUCCCUUAUUUUUUGUUGUGAAAUAAUACAUUUAAAUGUGCAAUGUGUUCACAUAAAUGCAUAAGCCUGUAUGUGACAUAAAAUGCAAAUCUUAAGUUGAUAAAUAAGUGAUAUAUUCUUUAAUUUACAGUGGACAUUGUAUAUGCAACUUUUCUGUUAAACGAACAAUUAAAAUCAAGUCAAACAUUUUUACUGUAUAAAUAUAUCCUAUUUAACAAUAUUUUUUUUAUUACACAAAAAGGGCCCACAUAAAACUGGCCCCAGCAAGUAAAGUUACCUGCAGAAGUUUUUAUCAAAUGGGAAUUUUAGCGGAUAGGUUUGCACAUGUAUGUACUUAACCUUUCUUAUUGUUCAGCAAACAAAUAAUUUCAACAGAUUUUAACAAUAUUUAUAGUAUUAUGCACAUUGUAUAUCGGCAGUUCAGCAUUUUUUUGAAGAGACCACUUUUUUUUGUGGUCCAUUGUGUGGUCUUUUGAUACAAUAAUUUAUGUGGAAGUUAAGUGGAAUGGUUUUAAUGAUAAAAUAUAUAUACGGUACAUGUUUAUUGCAACUAAUCUACAGCAAAUUUUGCCAGUAUUUGUAUUAUUGUAUUGUAGUCCAUCUAUUUUUUUAUAGCUUUUUAUAUCAGUUGUUUGUAAAUCUGUAAAGUUGUCAAUUUAAAAAAACAUGAAAAUUGAAAAUAUGCUAUGCUGAGACACAGUAAUAAAAUAGGAUCUAUAAUCAAAAUGUAAACAAUAAUGCUAAGGCAUUUUACACAGCAUUUCAUUUUCAGUUUGUGAUCUUUUACAAUAAUUUGUAGUGUGUGUUUUACUUAGAUUUGCAAGAAAAUUAAUCAAUUUUUUUUUUUUCAGAAUUAUCUUUGUUCUGGUCAGAUUUGAAAGAAAGUGAAUGAAUUCUACUUCCAGAAUUAUGCCAGGUCUUAUCAUUUUUGCAAGAUAGUAAAUUUUUACCACUUUCAGAAUUGUGGUAGGUCUUGUCAGAUUUGCAAGAAUUUAAAUGUGUUCCAAACCCAGAAUUAAGCUAGCUCUCAAUUAAUCUUUCUCUUAUAUAUUUAUCUGGGUUUUUUUACAGUGUGUAUAUUGAGAUUCUGCAUUUUUCUAUAAGUUUUGAUUAACUUACUUAAUUAACCUUUAGCCUGUUGGAGGUAAGUGAUUGUGAUUUUGCUUUUGCGACCAGCGCAGACCAAGAUCAGCCUGCACAGACAUGGUCUGCAUUAUUCACUAUUCACUCAGUAAAUUUUCAGUGAACACCCCUUUGAAUAAGAAGUGGUAAUGCCCAAAUUUAAUGAUGGAUCAGUCCAUUUUAAAAAAUUUGCAGGGUAAAAGUUUAAAAACUGUUCCAUGCAUGGAUAUGUCAGUUGUACAUGUUUAUACAGAAUGAUAUUGACCAGUCAUGUAAAUUAUUGAAAUUAGGUGCAUAGGCAUUUAAACUUACUAGGAUAGUAGACAGCUUUUUAGUGUUUUUGUAGGAAAUUAAAUAUUUUCUAAUGUUCUUAUUUCAAAAUAUUGUCAUACACUUCCUCUAAAAUUCAUUAGUCAACCUUAUAUAUAUUCUGGCAGUUGUUCGCAUUGUGCAAGACUAUGUUGUCAGUACACAUAAUUCUCAUUUGGAAAGGGAAUAAACCAAUUGCUGGGUUAAAAUAUCUUCACACCCUCACACUGCAAAACAAGUUACUGUGAAUGUCUACACGUACUUGUACAUAAAGUUCACACUUAGAAUGUUGCUAUAGUGACACAUGUUUUUUAGCUCACCUGUCACAUAGUGACAGGGUGAGCUUUUGUGAUCGCCCUUUGUCCAUCCGUCGUCUGUCCGUCCACAAUUUCCUUGUGAACCCAAUAGAGACCACAUUUUGUAUUUGAUUUUAAUCAAACUUCCACACAACUUGUAUGGGCAUAAUAUCUCGGUUACUUUCGAAAACUGGCCAGAUCCCAUCAUGGGUUCCAGAGUUAUGGUCCCUUAAAGGGCCAAAAUUUGCCAUUUUUGGCUUGUGAACACGAUAGAGACCACAUUUUGCAAGCAACUUUAAUAAAACUUGCACACAACUUGUAUUGGCAUAAUAUCUCGGUUCCUUUCGAAAACUGUCCAGAUCCCUUCAUGGGUUCCAGAGUUAUGAACCCCUUAAAGAGCCAAAAUUUGCUAUUUUGGCUUUUGCAGCCAUAUAGAGACUUCAUUUAUGGUUUGAUUUGAUACAAACGUGCAAAAUAUCUUCAACAACAAUAAAUCUUGGAUUCCAUGAUAAAUCUGUCCGAUCCAGUCAUAGGUUCCGGAGUUACGGCCCCUGAAAAGAGCCAAAAUUUGGUCAUUUUUACCUUGUGAAGACGAUAGAAGUGACAUUUUAUAUUCGAUUUUAACCACACUUACACACAAUUUAAGUCACAAUAAGAUCUCAGUUCCUUUCGAAAACUGGCUAGAUUCCAUCAUUGGUUCCAGAGUUACUGCUCCUGAAAGGGGCAAAAUUUUCUACUUUGGCCCUUUCAGCCAUAAAGAGGUUUCAUUUAUGCUUUGAUUUGAUAAAACGCGCACAGAAUGAUUAUCUUGAUGAUCUCUAGGCCUGGAUCAAAACUGGGUCAUGUCGGGUCAAAAACUAGGUCAUCAGGUCAAAUCAAAGGAAAAGCUUGUUAACAAGCUAGAGGCCACAUUCAUUUGAUGUGCAUGAAACUUGGUCAGAAUGUUUGUCUGCAUGAAAUAUCGUAUGAAUAUUUAUCUGGGUCACGUGGGGUCAAAAACUAGGCCUCCAGGUCAAAUCAAAGUGUAAGCUUGUUUACACCCUAGGGGGCACAUUUUUGUUUUUAUCUUCAUAAAUUUUGGUCAGAAUGUUAUGAAGUCUUGGAUGAUUUCAAAUCUGGGUCACGUUGGGUCAGAAACCAGGUCACUAGGUCAGAUCAUAGGAAAAGCUUGUAUACACUCUAGAGGCCACUUUUUUGCCCCAAUCUUCGCAAAACUUUGUCAGAUGUUUGUUUUCGUGAAAUUUUGGACAAGUUUGAAUAUGGGGUAAAAAAACUAGGUCACUAGGUCAAAUCAAGGAAAAUGCUUGUUUACACUCAAGAGGCCACGUUUCUGGUCCAGUCUUAAUGAAAAUUGGUCAGAAUAUUUGUCUCCAUGAAAUCACUAGGUAAAACAUGUUUACACUGUUAUGGUGUGUUACUCAGGAGAGCGACCUAGGGCCAUCUUGGCCCUCUUGUUUCAAUUCUUCUGAAAUAGUUUUAUCUCCAACACUAAAAAAAUGAAUGCAAUGUUUGAAUCUUAUUGCAAAGUUUUUAAGUUACAGUGAAUGUGUACAUAUACUUGUACAUAAAGUUCACACUUUGAAAGUUGCUAUAGUAACAUAUAUUUUUUUAAUCCUUCUGAAAUAGUUUUAUCUGCAACACUAAAAAAAGGGAUGCAAUGUUUGAAUUUUAUUUUAGUGUUACAGUUACAUUGAAUCAAUAUAUACAGCAGCUUGAAUAUACUGAACCAAAGAGCUACCAUUUGCUGUCACUGAAAGUCAUUUUCUUCCCUCAUAACAGUUUUCGCUAGUUUGUAAUUUCUAGAUGUUUAGUGUAUUUUUGUGACUUUUCAAAGAUGCAUUGAAGUCGUAAAAUGAGUGAAUUAAUAUGAUUGCAUAAUUUGAUUUUUUUUGGAAAUUGUGAAAACUUAAUUAUCAACACCAUAUUGUUCUAAGCCUAGACCAAAUUCCAGUAAUUUUUAGAUUACUGGCAAAAGAACUGCUGGCAUAUUAGCUGUUUUAGUAUAUUAAGUUAUUGUAACAUUUUGAAAGCUGUUUAUAAUUCACAAAGAUGUUUUGACAAAUUUAUUCGAUAUUGCAUUACUGCACUUUUCAAAAAGAAGCCAUUAUAAUGCCUAUUUUGCCUCUGUACUUCCAAGAAAUUGGCAUGAUUUCAUUGCUGAGAUUAUUUCUUUACGAUAUUCUAAUACUUGUGGACAAUUUUAUAUAUUUGCAACUACUGUUUAAUAUACAAUAGAAUCCGCUUAUGAUAAUUUAUGCCUUACUUCCCUUGUCAGUACCGGUAGCCUAUAUUAAAGAUGGCUGGAGUAAAUUUGAUUUAACAGUCAUUUCAUACCAGUAAUAUUUUGUGCAAUACGUUUCCAGUAAGAGUUUAUUUGUUGCAGCCAGAUGCUAGAAUUAGUGCUAAUAUUUGUUGCUAUAUAUGAUUCUGUAUUUUGCUACUAGAAUGUAUGGUAAUGUUUUUGGUACUUUGUUCUUUAAGUGAUACUUACCCUUUUUGUUGUUUUAGGUAUGAUUCUAUUGAAUUUUCCCAAACUUUGAAAUAUAUAUGUCUACAAUAAAAUAAAUGACAAUCAA